AUGAAUUUCUUCAGUCUGAAAUCAUUCCUCACCCUGUGUUUCGUAUUGAACGCUGUCGUCGGUCAAUAUUCUAACACUCAGGAAGAACAGGACAAAACAAAGUUUAGAGAGGAAUGUCUGAAAAUCCACAACGACUACCGGAAUCGUCACCAAAGUCCACCAAUGGUUCUAGAUGAAAAGAUAAACUUGUGGGCUCAAGACUGGGCAGAAGAUAACGCUGCUCGAGACAUUAUGGAACACCGAUCGAACAAUCCUUAUGGCGAAAAUCUUUACAUGUUUGGGCCAUCGCCAGCUCCCCAAGGACCAAACCCACAAGAUGUGGUCUCUGCCUGGUACGACGAGAUCGAGUACUACGACUUCAAUUACGGGGGGUUCAGUGGCGCAACUGGCCAUUUCACUCAAGUAGUGUGGAAAAACUCCACAAAGCUGGGCUGCGGCUGGGCACGUUCGUAUAGCGACAACAUCUACGUCGUGUGCAACUACGACCCACCAGGAAAUUAUAUGGGCAAAUUCCAGGAAAACGUUCUCUACCCAAUAAACUAA